AUGGACUUCUCAGACGUCGGCGUUCGCCACACUAUUCUCAACAGUAUCCAGUUGCAACACUUCAUCGACGUCUCUCCCUCGGCAGCUGCUAUUGCUAAGGAGGUCCGACUUUGCGUGAUUGCCGUUGUGGUUGGGUGGAUUACUACUCGCGUUGUCGCUAGCCUGUGCGAGUCCGAUAAAUCGUGCCAUUGUGACCGCGGCAAAGCUUCCAACCGCUCGAAGUGCUCCGAUACCGAAUAA